GCCAACUCCACGCAGUAACCAAGUCUCAGUGCCAGGACUAUAUCUACUCUGCUCAGCUUGCUCUGGCUCUCAUCUGCUCGUGUGCUUUUUUGAAUGAUUGGCAGCCUCAAUCAUGGCAAUGCUUCGUCGCCGCGGCUUGUUCCAGCAGGCGACAAGACAUCUAGCCCCAUGCUACGUGCAAGCUCCUACAGGUCCUCCAAGGGCUCCAUCACGCCCUUGCGUCGUUCCAGCAGCGUGGCAAGCAUCAUUCCAGAAUCAGACAUGAUUCUCGAUGCUACCAUGAAAGGUGAACCUUUUCAGUUGGCUGUUUUGAAGGUCCUAAUCAAGCUCAAACUCACAAGCUGGAAGCUCUCUCAAGCUCAGGACGUCAAGAUCAAGACAAUUGCCUCGGCACUCACGAAUGAUGUGUUCCUAGUUAUUCUCGACACACAGAAAUUCUUGCUGCGUGUGUAUGGACGGAAUGUGCUGCAUCUGAUUGACCGCGAGUAUGAAACGAGCGUCCUUGCCCGUCUAGCGCAUCACCGUAUCGGCCCACGUAUGCUCGGUCAAUUCAAGAAUGGCCGUAUCGAGCAAUGGCUUGAGUCUACAGAAAUGACGGCCGCUGAACUGCGUGAUCCGGUGCAAUCACGCUACAUUGCACGAAGGAUGCGCGAGUUUCAUGAUUUUGUGAGUUUGCUGCCUGCUGAACGCGGCAGAGCGACUGUCCUGUCCAACUUGGAUUGUUGGAUUCCUGCACUCCCUGCAGAUCGACUGACUCCAGGCGUCAAGACGUUUCUGGAGCAUGUUGCACGGUAUCGGCAAAUGCUGAUUGGCAAGGAAGGCGAGAUUGUAUUCGGACACAAUGACUUGCAAUACGGCAAUAUCCUCAAGAUUGACGGUGAAGAACACACAAGUCUUGCGGUGAUUGACUUUGAGUAUGCUGGACCCAAUCCUCGUGCCUUUGACUUGGCAAAUCACUUUGCGGAAUGGAUGGCCAAUUAUCAUGAAGAACCAUCGCACACGAUGCUCCCUGAGCUGUAUCCAACCCUCCAAGAGCAAGACAACUUUCUGCGCGAGUAUAUACGAUUCGGCAAAGUGAUUGAUCGUAUGCUCGAUCAAGAGGUGACGCAAGAGGAAAUUGAUGUUUUGCGAGCAGAAAUUGAUCUUUGGCGUGCCAUUUCACAUGCACAGUGGGCAGUCUGGGGUAUCAUCCAAGCACUGCCGCCUGCCGAGCAGGUUACAACCAAUGUCAACAGCGUAGAAUCGCCCAAGUCACCGCAAGACGACAAGGUGGAUCGAGGGCUCAGCAAGCGACGUGGCAGUAAAGGACGCACCCUGUCCAUGACCCAAUCACCCAUGAUGAAACCUACCAUUGUGACAGGUGGCAUGCGAUCGCCCUUCCUACCGGCUCAAGCAAGCCCGCAGAUGCUAGCAAGACGUUCAUCAAGCUAUAAAAGUCCGUCUACGUUUGCAGUGGUGCAUGAACAGCCAGAGUACUUUGACUUGGGCGAAGCUGCCAUACCUGAUUCUGCUAAGCGGUUGGAGACGCUGACGAUGGAUGACCCGGCUGCUCGGGCCGUCGCUGCUGCUAGCGCGGCAGAAGCUACCAACACUGGUAUCGCAGGUGAUGAAGGUGUCUUGCUGAGGGACGAAUCACAAGAGUCAUGGGUGGAUGAGGGUGAAGAGGGAUUCAACUAUAAUGCCUAUGCAAAACAGCGCAUCUCGUUGUUCUAUGGGGAUAUGGUCAGGGCUGGUGUUGUAGCAGCAGAGGAAGUGCCUGCCGCGCUUGGUCUGCGUAUGCUGCCAGAGUGCUGUGUCAAGUAGUCCGUGUGAGUAGGUACAUUAUACUGCUGGUAGCAUCUACAGACUACGGUCCACUGCGAGCCUUGGAUUUGGGAAUUUGAUUGGUUGAGAGGAUUGAAGUGAAUCUGGGCCCAACACCUCAACAGCGCGACUCGACUCAGCGCACCACACCACAAAGUACCUCCAGCAGUGCUCCCUGCGUGUCGCCGGCAUUCACUUCCCUCACUGCAUCCUUCCCUCUUUGCACCAUGUCUGCCA